UGGGGCGGCGAGGCGGAGCAGGCAGCAGACAUCGCCGCCGGCGAUCCCGAUGCCGUGAACUGGAAGGCCCACGCUCGGAAGACCGCCGAGGAUGCUAUGCGCUCAUACUGGCCUAAACGUCUCCGGCAGAAGCCAGAUGGUGCAAACCCGCCCGCGCCCGUUGCUGAUCCGGACGAAGCGAGCGGUGCAGCACAAGAAGGCGAUGACAGCAGCUCCGACGACGACAGCUAUGCGCGCGCGCGUAAGCAGCGAUUGCUGGCUGAUCAGUCCGGUGGGUGGAAGGGCGAGCUCGACCGCUACCUCGCGGACCCGAGCCUGGACGUGGACAAGGACGCAGACACCGUCCUGUGGUGGUCGAAGCAUGUCGACAGCUUUCCAACGCUGGCUCGGAUGGCGCUGGAUAUCCUUCCGAUUCCGGCAUCGUCCGUGGCCUCGGAACGGCUGUUCUCGAGUGCCAAGGAGGUCGCCACUUCGCGGCGAUCUCGCCUCGGGUCGGAUGUCUUCGAAUGGAUCGAAUGUCUCGCCCAUUUCUGGGCGCAGGAUAUCGUAGACUUGGCGCGUAUCAACAGUGAGGCAGUGGAGGAGUACGACUCGGAUGAAUACGCCGAGUAUGAUGAGCUCGAUGAGAUGCUUUGCGGCGAUGAGGAUGAAGAUUCAGACUAG